GGAGGAGGCUGCCGCGGGGUCCGGCACCAGAGUCGGGAUCGAUCCGCGACGCCAACUGAGCGCUGGACCUGCGGCGGUCCCGUGCACCCGGUCCUGCGCGCGCGCUCGCUGCUCUGGAUCCUGCAGGCCGAGGCGCCGGCGGCUGCGGGAGGCCGGUGGGUUGGGCAGAGGGAGGCCAGGAGGGCGCGGGCACCCUGUGCUUGGAGCAAGCGUGAGGCGGCCAGGGGCCGGGACGCCAUGUCCAUGGAGGACCCCUUCUUUGUGGUGAAAGGAGAGGUACAAAAAGCAGUCAACACUGCCCAGGGAUUGUUUCAGAGAUGGACAGAGCUCCUCCAGGACCCCUCCACAGCAACAAGGGAAGAAAUUGACUGGACCACCAACGAACUGAGAAACAACCUCCGGAGCAUAGAGUGGGAUCUAGAGGACCUUGACGAAACUAUCAGCAUAGUUGAAGCAAAUCCUAGAAAAUUCAACCUCGAUGCAACUGAAUUGAGUAUAAGAAAAGCCUUCAUUACAAGUACCCGGCAAGUUGUCAGGGACAUGAAGGAUCAGAUGUCAACUUCAUCUGUGCAAGCAUUAGCUGAAAGAAAAAACAGACAGGCACUGCUAGGAGAAAGCGGUGGCCAGAACUGGAACACUGGAACAACGGAUAAAUAUGGGCGCCUCGAUCGAGAGCUGCAGUUAGCCAAUUCCCACUUCAUUGAGGAGCAGCAGGCACAGCAGCAGUUGAUUGUGGAACAGCAGGAUGAGCAGUUGGAGCUGGUCUCUGGCAGCAUCGGGGUGCUGAAGAACAUGUCCCAGCGCAUUGGAGGGGAGCUGGAGGAACAGGCCGUUAUGCUGGAUGAUUUCUCCCAUGAGUUGGAGAGCACUCAGUCUCGGCUGGACAACGUGAUGAAGAAGCUUGCAAAAGUGUCUCACAUGACCAGUGAUCGGCGCCAGUGGUGUGCAAUAGCCAUCCUCUUUGCAGUCCUGCUGGUGGUGCUGGUCCUCUUCUUUGUGCUGUGACGGGGCCCGGUGCGAGUUUCUCCUGCACAUGAACCGAGGGCGUCAGGAGACGCGAGCACGUGCGCAGCCGUCCACUCACAUUCCUCUCCUGAACACGCCCUGCUGCACCGACGCUUCUCCGUGACCCCACAGUUGAAGGCUCCUCCACUCCAGCGCGGGAAGCGGACACGGAGGACUGCACACUCCUGGCGCUGGCUCCACGACAGAAGCCCCGCGCUGCCUGUCCUGCUCCGAGGACAACUGGCCACUGCUUUGCCUCCCUGGACCUCGUUGUUCCCCGUGGAGGGAUCUGAGUGAUCCUGAAAAAUCAGCAGAUCAGCUCACUUUUGCUGUCGCUCACUCCGCCGGACUCUGGCAGCUCUUCCUCUGCUCAGACCCCUCCCGCCGCUCAGACAGCGCCUCAGUCCUGUCCAAGCCUGUCGUGAAUGUGGGUUCUGGGUGUCUCCUUUCCCAUCGCUGUAGCGUUUCUUCGUCCCUGAGAGCUGAUUCUUAACGGGGCAGAAGGCUCAGAGCAGUUUGUGACAGAAAAUGCAGUGAUUCAUUUUUCAGGGAUAAGUGCCGGGAUGGAAUUGCUUUACCAGACACUUUGUUUUUUUUUUUUUUUGGUGGGAGAAGUAACUAAUGGAAAAUAGUGAAAAGCACUGGGCAUUUGGGGGUGCUAACAACUUGUGGCUUUAAUAAAUGGGAAGAAAGAGCAACAUGACCCUGAGUUUGCACGGCUUAGAGAAGGGUCGAUGAUGCCGCUAGAGGGCAGAGCCAGAGCCUUGCCGAUUUCACCUUGGCUACCCUAGGACUUCCUCCCAGAGGUGUAUCUGGAACUUUUAGGAUGACCCUUAAAUAUAUGGUUGCCAAGCCACUCGGCAGCACACUUGAAUGAAUUAGGAUACUGGAUUAUCAUCACUGACAGUCAUUUUUAUUCCUGUGGCCUCUACAUUGGGGGACGGCAAGGGGGGUGGGAGCGGUUAGUACAUUUAUUACAUUUACUCAGAAACUAUCCUGACAGAAGGCUAGUUCUGGACCUGACUUUCCUUUCCCUGUGAGUAAUGGUGAGGAUGGGUAGGUGAACUUGUCUCUCUUUUUCCCUAAGAUGACAACUCAAUUUUAUCACCUAUUCAAAUAACUGAGCCAAUCCAAAUUUAACUGGCAGAGGUUUUAAUUGAGUUUAAAUCGCUAAAACUACUGAAACACUAACCUUCAAGCUUCUGAUUAUUUUUUUAAAUGCCUCAGAUGUGCACAUGUGUGUGGGAUCUUUUUAUAACUCUCCCCCUGAGUAAGCUGGUAGCAGUUGAACCCUGAGCCAGAGCUUGACUGCAGAGGCUGUGAGUCUGCUCCCCGUCUUCCUCUGCACUUGGAAGGAACAGCACCAUCCAGAUAGGGUUUUCCUCUCACUUCGCCUUUCUUCAUCUUUUUGGGUACAUUCCUCAGCAUGCUUUGUUUUACUUUUUUUUUCUUGUUUUGUUUGUAUUUUGUGUGUGUGUUUUCUGUUUUUUGUGAUUUCUGAUGCUAUGCUUGCCUAGCUAACUUCUGGAUUGCACUUUUUAAUAUCUGUAACAAUUUUUUAAGAAGGAUCUUUUCUCCUGAUUAGGAUCAUGGUAGGUAAGGAAAUCUUGUUGAUGGAAGCUAAAAGCAAAUUUAUAAAACUAAAGGCGUGGUUAACAUCCAUGUUAACACUCCGUUUGAUAACUAAAGAAAUUAUCUAAAAAAGUGAUUAUUACAGAGGGCUUCAGAGAUAUCAGAGAUAUAGGGUACUAGAUUAUUUAUGUUUUAUAAAGUGUUAAGACUUAUUCAGAUUGUCUUCCAUAAGCUUAGAACAGGGAUGGCCCUUAGAUUUGCAUUAAAAUAUAGAAAUCUUUUGUUAAAAAUAAAUGUGGACCUUGUUUCAAUACUGUAAUCUACACUCCCCACGUUACAGAACUGUACAACUGGCAUCUUAAAAAAUUAUCUGAUAGCCCUAUUUAAAAGCCACGCUAUUGUCCUGCUAUUACCAGCUUUACUGUGCCACACAAAAAUAGCACAAGUGUCAGUACGGCCUGUUUCAAGCACGCCUGGUCAUUAAUGAGUAAGAUGUUUCCAUUAGUUCAGGGACCAAGUUUUGUGACCCUGAAGGCUUAAUUAUUAAAUUCUUGGAUAUAUUUAGAGUUGACAUGCUGAUCUCACUGAUUGAAGUCGUUUGCUAAACUGGCUAUCGGAGACCAGACUCAGGUUGAAGCCAAAUAGGGAACUAUUUGGAGAGAAAGUUUACUUAAGAUGCAGGCACUGCAUGGUAUUCUCUGUGUAGGGUCACUGCUCUCUCUUGCCUCUGAGGAGCUUAAUUUAUUCAUCAGAGUCAGCCUUUCCUCAGGGGAGCCUGUGGCCAAGCUGACUUGACCUGGGUCUGAUCCUGUUGUACCUUGACUGGGCAGUCACUACAGAGCCAGUGGGAAUUUGAAGGACUCCUGCUCAGACUCCAAACUGUGGCAGUCAGAAAACAGGCCAGAACAUAUAUUUCCUCAUUUAAUGAUCUUAAAGUUACCAGGCUUUGGAGGGACCCCAAGUGGUCCCUUCUGCUUUCUCCUUCGCCGUGUGUCAUAGAGUGGGGAGAUGAAGUAGGCAGCUGUGACACCCUGACACCGCAUACAAGCACAUCCUCAUAGCAGUUGGGUUUUUUCUUUUUCUACAGCCUUCUGCACCUAGUCCCAUAUUCCUCAUUCUUAAGGAACUGGCAGAAUGAUGGAUAACAGAAAGGGCUUGAUGUAUGUUUAUUGGAAGAACAUUUUACUUAUCAACUGAUUUGGGGGUAGGAUGGAGAAUGAACCAUUGAGAGAGUUUGCCAGAGUGUGAAUCCAACUGGAAAACCAAAAUACCUUUUGCUUUUAGUCCUUAUUUUUGGUCUUGUCUUUGUGUGGGCUGUGAAAAAUCAGUGCUAUGGCCUGUACUGUGUGGCAGUUGGAAGUUGCAAUGUGUAUGUGUUACAUGGAUCUUCCACAAUUUCGGAAUUCAUGCCAGAGUCGAAGGGGGAGAAACUUGGCAACUUGCCCAUUCUCUGCGUUUAGCCAGAGUUAAACAGACUGAUGGGUCUGGUAGCCAACAACUUGGCAACUUCUAUUCAUUCUCACCUCGUGAGAUUAAGGGCUGUGAAAAGAAAUCUAGUCUAAGUCCAACAGAAAUCUGUCUCUGUUAAGUAUUUUACCUUCUGUAAGGAAAGGUGGUGGAGCCAAGAUUUUUUUCCUUUGGUAAUUUCCCUGGCUGUAAAGUGAGACCAGAGGGAUACCUAUUCCAGUUACCUUUUUAGAGAAUGUAUAGCAUUUGAAGAUCUAAAAAUUGAGUAAUAGUGAGUUGUUUUUCAACUCUGUAGACUUUGUAUUAUUUGGCUUCACCUCGUGCCCCAGGAUGAAUCUGUAAACAAAAUUUGGACUGUCGGGAAGGUUAAAAUUCUAAAUUAUGGAAUACACUACCUCUAGUUCUCCCUCUUUGUCUUCCUCUCUCUGGCAUUUCUUUCUCUCCCCAGUUUUUUAAGGUGAGUAAUAAAGAACGUUCUUUGGCGAUCAUGAAGAGUGAGGUGGUGAAACAAAGGGUUCCCGGAUGCACAGCCCCUCAGUCACUCUGCACCACCCCACACCACUGUCAGGUCCUGAAGACAGUGCCCCAUUGAAAGGCCUCGUGAGAUAAGAGGAAGCAGGCUUUCUUAAUGUCCAGCUGCCCUCACCCAACUCCCAGUCUGAAACAUGUGCUUAAAAUAAAUGAGGUCUUGUAAAGAAGCCCUGGUGGCGCAGUGGUUAAGAGCUUGACUGCUAACCAAAAGAUCAGCAGUUCAAA